CCUCUAAACGGGCAACGUUAACGAACGAACUGUAUUUUCAUUUGAGCUACCUGGUUGUUCGGUAUAUGCUGGUACGAAUCGAAGUGCUUACAGGGCUGCGGGUAAUAACCGUAUUCAAUCCCUACUAGAAAUAGACUAUUCCAUAACGUUGUCACCGUACUGUGCUUCAAUGACGAUCUCUAAGUGAUACAAAUUUGAUAUUUGUGCACAAGAAAUUUUGCUGGCGCAGCAGCAGCUUUAACAGAUUGGAGAAAUAAGCUAUCAGAACUGCAAAACGUUCCCAGUCACAAGAGGAAAUUAAGUUCAGCUUUAAGCGUGUUGGCUUCAGCAACUUUACAGUAGAUUUCCAAUGAUGCGUAAGGAUCUACGGAGAGCAACGAUAUGUUGUGGAUCAUGGUUCAUCCUUAUAGCCGUACUGCUACGGUUCACAGUACCAUCAGAUACUGCUUCACAUGGAUACAGUCAGUUUGUUUAAUGUUGGACUACGUAUUUAGUAGUUUUAUAACAUCAUACGCUACAAAUAGAAGGCAAAAAUUGCUUAUAAUCCGUAUGAAAUACGUAACCUUGUUGGUUACCGAUUAUGCUCAGCCCAACUCAGUUCGACACUCAUGCGAAAAUUUUAACAAAAAUCGUUGUACCUAUUUAGUCCUUAAUUACGACGAGGCUACUCAGGAGAAAGUAAUCGAAGCGUUUAGCGGACUUGGCUUCACAGAUGACUGCAUGGAUUACCUUAAGGCUGCUGCUCACGUAAUGAGGAGGAUUCGAUCGAGCCGUCACGUUACAAUAGCCCGAGAACUGUGCUCCUAGGAAUCGCAAACACCCUGAUGGAGGCUCCAGCUAACAGCACACACUCCUGUCUUCAAUGCCUGCCCGUCGACAACAUUAGAUAAAGUAACGGCGCAAAAAAAGACAACGUAUCGUUGGUGGGUGUGUGGUUGAGUUGCAUCUACGAUUCGCUAAUUUUAGGAUAAGCCUCACCAAAACUAAUAUUAUACAAUAAAUAUAUGUGUAUGCACAGUUGGAGUGCAUAUAUGUCUAGACGUCCGAAACUGUUUGUUUUUAUAUAUAUAUAUAUAUAUAUAUAUUCAUGAUAAAUGGCUUAGAAAUGAAAUAUAACAGUCGAUCUAGCUAUUUACUCAAUAAGUAUGUCUGUGUGCGGUCCUGUCGCGUUUAGUUACUGCACAAGA